CAAACCCAGUUUUGGAGCCCAUUGCGCUGUCCUGUGGUGCUGUGUCCAGUUAGAUAACACGGAGGGAGAGAGAAAGUGAGAGAGAGAUAGAGUCCACAAGACGAAGGAAGAAGAAAAGAAGGCAAGAAAAAAGGAAAUAAAGGGCAGAAGAAACAUGAGGACCACCUUCGUCCUUCUCCUCGUUCUUCUGCUCCAGCAGUGUGGACAUGCUGAGAGUCCAGAGGAGGAUUCUCUUCCUAGUGGACCUGCAGGCAAACACAAAGGAUCAAAACCCAGAGUAAAGCCAGGCCCUCCUCCACAGCCCCCUAAAAAAGUCCCUGAUCCCCAGCCCAAGAAAUCUGACCGUGACCGUCUGUCUCAGGAGUGUCUGAAUGAGAAGUACACACGCCUGUCCUGUUCUAAAGUGUUCUGCCCGCCGUGGAGGCGCUGCAUCAACGGGAAGUGCGUCUGUAAGCUGCCCUAUCAGUGUCCACGCCUGGGCAGAGCUGUCUGCGGAGUGAAUGGACAGUCCUACAUCUCCUUCUGUCAGGCACAAGCCAUCGCCUGCAGGACCAACACAGCGGUGUUCUCUCACUACGGCUCCUGUGACGAAGAUGUUUUUAAGGUGGAGCUAAAGAAAUCCGGUGAUCGAGAGGUGGUUCAGGUGGAAACUGUAAAAGGAAAAGCUCUGAUAUGUGGAGAAAAAUCGUGGGACAUGGCAGCAGCUAAUGUUAUCUGUCGCAGCCUGAAAGCAGAAGACAGAGGCGCAGCUUCUAUUCCAAGGAUGACGUUCAAGGACCUUGAGGUUGAACAUCCAUGGCCAUCUCAGUGCAUGAGUGUGAGCUGCACAGGAUCUGAGUACUCCCUGUCUGAAUGUACCAUCUAUGAGCCUCAGGACAUGAAGGAGAAUACUAAGAUUGCUGCCUUAACCUGCUACAAGAAACCCCAAGAUGAUGACGAGUGUCCGGAGUUCCGCUGUGUGAAUGAGAAGUGUAUUUUGUUGAAACACACUUGUGAUGGAGUCGAUCACUGUGGAGAUAACAGCGAUGAGAUGUGCUGCAAAGAGUGCCAGAGUGGGGCGUUCCACUGUAAGUCUGGAGUGUGUAUUCCGGGCCACGCUGUGCGGGAUGAGAUCAGAGACUGUCUCGGAGGAGACGAUGAAGUCCCCACCGCUGCAGUGGGACCUGCUCAAACUGCUACUGACACAGAUUCAGAUAUAGAACCUGAAAGAGGAGGCUCUCAUGCUGGAGUGAAGCCAGAUAAAGCUACCGGCACAGGAUCACACAGAGAACCUGAAAGCGGAGGUUCUCAUGUUGAAGUGAAGCCGGAUAAAGAUACUGCCACAGAUUCAGACAGAGAACCUGAAAGAGGAGGCUCUCAUGCUGGAGUGAAGCCGGAUAAAGCUACAGGCACAGGAUCACACAGAGAGCCUGAAAGCGAAGGCUCUCAUGCUGAAGUGAAGCCGGAUAAAGGCACAGGAUCACACAGAGAACCUGAAAGCGAAGGCUCUCAUGCUGGAGUGAAGCCGGAUAAAGCUACGGGCACAGGAUCACACAGAGAGCCUGAAAGCGGAGGCUCUCAUGCUGAAGUGAAGCCGGAUAAAGGCACAGGAUCACACAGAGAACCUGAAAGCGAAGGCUCUCAUGCUGAAGUGAAGCCGGAUAAAGCAACUGGAUCAGAUUCAGAUGUAAAACCUAAAAAAGCGUCUGUCUGGUGGAGCCCAAAGGAGGAUAUCCGGCAGGCUCGCAACCACACUGAGAGUCAGGUGGAAUGCGGUAUUCCGAACUUUGAUUAUUUCUACAGGACGGAGGCGGAAAAACGACCGGUGCGCAGAAAACGAGUGGUGGGAGGACAGGUGGCCUUACCGACUCAGAUCCAGUGGCAGGUGGCGGUACAAGAGGAGGGCAAGAUCCACUGUGGGGGGGUCUACCUGGGGGGCUGCUGGGUUUUAACUGCUGCCCACUGUGUCAGGCCGAAGCCUCAGGUGUUCCGGAUUAAGUUCUCUCUGUGGAAGAAGACUGAUCCGUCGGGCACGACGGACAGCGUUCCAGUGAAGAGCAUCAUCAUCCAUAAAGAUUACAACCCGCGCACCUACCAGAACGACAUCGCGCUGGUGCAGCUGGAGGAGUUAGCACACUCGAAAGAGUGUUUACAGCCCAACCCUGCGGUGCGUGCCGUGUGCGUGCCGUGGUCCACUCUGCUGUUCCAGGAUGGAGACACCUGCACCAUCUCCGGGUGGGGCAGAAACAAAGAGGGAGGAACUACAGACGCUCUGAAAUGGGCCAAUGUCACGGUUAUUGGAAACUGCAAGAGCUACUACAAGGAGAGGUACUUUGAAGGAAUGGAGUGUGCAGGUGAUCUGGACGGUAAGGUGGACUCAUGUCAGGGCGACUCCGGAGGUCCACUGGUGUGUAAGGACGCCAGCGGGCUGUCGUACGUGUGGGGCAUCGUGAGCUGGGGGGAGAAGUGUGGGGAGGCUGGUUACCCCGGGGUUUACACCAAAGUGGCUCACUAUUUUGAAUGGAUCCGCUUCCACACCGGCUGGCCUGCGAUCACCAAGUACAACCACUGAGGAAGAAUGAGACUUCAGUGCCCACCGAACCCUGCUUUACUCUUCAUUCACAGGUAUACACAGUAAACAGACGGAUGUGAGGUGUGGCUUUAGUAGGUUAUGAGGCUGUUUACUUCUGUAGAUGCUUGUUUUGGGAUGGAUUGCUGUUUAUUGACUUUGUACAAAGAAAUUUCUUUGUUUCCAUUAAAAUGAUCACAGACCAG